AUGUCGCCUGCAGCGCCCAAAUCAACGCCACCAACAGUCCCGGGAUGUCUGAUCUCAUUUCCUGCUCCCAAAGUCCUUUUGGUAACCAUAAAUCGACCGAAACAGAUGAAUUCAGUCAACUACAUAAUGCACUGGCAACUGCAUCAGCUCUUCCAAUGGUUCGAUGCUGAACCUGACUUGUAUGUCGCAGUGAUUACAGGUUCCACUGCAUGCAAAGCUUUCUGCGCCGGUCAAGAUCUCCUGGAAACAAAGGACCGUGCCGAGCGCUCCAAGGAUGCACCCUGGCUGAACAUACCUCCCCCAUCUGGGUUUGCCGGUCUAAGUCGACGACUGGGAAAGAAGCCUGUCAUUGCCGCAGUCAACGGGUAUGCUCUGGGAGGGGGAUUCGAAAUUGUUCUGAACUGCGAUCUGGCGGUGGCUUCGCCCGGCGCAACGUUCGGUCUGCCCGAAACACUGCGCGGAAUCUACGCUGGAGCGGGAGGGCUGCCCCGACUGAUACGAGAAUGCGGUUUGAAAAUUAGUAGCGAGAUCGCCAUGACCGGACGGCGGAUCACGGCACAAGAGGCGGUGAGAUGGAAUCUCAUCAACAAAAUCUCGCAGACAUCCGAGUCCUUGGUCGACGAAGCUGUGCAGUUGGCAGAAUCCAUCGCCAAAAUAUCUCCGGACGCAACCAUCGUCACGAAGGCAGCCCUCAGAGAAAGCUGGGAAACUGGAAGCGUCGAGAGGGCUUUUCAACUCACCGAUCAAAGAUUCAAGGAGGCACUUAUGUCGGGGCCGAAUGCAAAGGAAGGGCUGGCGGCGUUUGCGGAGAAACGACAACCACAAUGGCUGCCGUCCAAGAUCUGA